AUGCAUGCUCUAAAUGCACUCAUCGGCUCAGUCCGUCUGGUUUCUUCGUCCAUGCUUGUGCAAGUCAGAGGUCGCGGACUCUCGAUCAGCUUGACUUUCAUGCUGUGCGCAGGAGCGUCGCUAUGCCUGUUCGACCCCACCGAGGCGAAUGCGCACCAGAGAACACUCCUUCGGAGGAAUGUUGCCUCUGAACCAGGAGGAGACCCUUGGCCUAUUCUAAUAUCGCGGCUGAAUUGCUUGUACUUCACGGCGUGGCCUGCGGCCACCUACUGCCACAUAGGGAAAGCCACUCCUGCCAACACGUACCAUGCCGAAUACGAGUGCUUGGUUUGGACGCGCAUGUCCGUUUUGAGUAUGACCACCACGCCGAUGUACCGCCUGUGUCACCUGAUGAAGCUCUUCCAUAUCGAGGAUCACGGAUUGUUGGUCCAGGACACAUUGCUACAGAUGGACACACUGACGUGGGAUGAUUGCUACUUUGAUGUGCGGAAUGAAACGAAACCACCUGAAAAUUGUGCCACUUGCGAAAUCGCCCUGGUUUGUGCCACUGAGCUCCACUACUCGAAUGGACCAGAAUGUGUCACGAAAGCAGAAGGCAACAACGAUGUCCAGUAUUGCUACGGAAAAGAUAAAGUCAACGCUACGGAGGCCAGCAAGCGGUGCGCAGAGAAGUCAUCGGCGCUGGUGGAGAUAGAGGAACUGCCCAGACUACUACACGAGACGCUCGCGAAUGAGCCUUUGCUCAACUGGGAGUUCUGGGUAGACCUGACAAAGGAAGACGUGAGAGAGCUCGCCGGCGUGGUUGCAUUCGACGUGGAUGAUAUUGACUGGAAUAUGCCUUGCAUCACGGUGUGGUUCGGCGCUUGGGUACCGUGGUUUUACAAGCGCAACUGUAGCCAGUUAUAUCAUGUGAUAUGCGAGAACAGCAUACAGUCUAAGAGUGGACGAUUCUCUGCCCCUAUUAGCAUUGAAGUUUACUGUGAUCAGUUUCAAGGCGCCCGCGACGCCGCGGCCUCUGCAGGAGUUGCUGGAGUAGAAACCUUCUGA